UGAAAAUAAUCAAGAAUUAUUAUAUAAAAUAUUGUAGUUCAUGUUUAUGUUAUUUUAGUGGAACUUCAAUAUCAUUUGGGAUUUGCUUCAGCGACAGUUUGGUAACUGUCCAUGUCUCUCCAGUCUGGUAACUGUCCAUGUCUCUCCAGUCAUUGAGCUAAAGAUCUAUAUUGUUGGAUGGCUUUCCAUUAUUAAAAAAAAUAAUAAUAAUUUGUGAUUUUUAUACCACUAAGCAUUUUUAUUUUAUUUAUUUAUUUAUUUUGGACGACUCCUAGAUAGUGGGGAUGGCUUUUUCAGAACCUUACCACAAUUUUUUUUUUUUUGACCAAAUUCAAUUCUCAAUCUCAAUUAUUUAUUGCAAAUAAUUAAAAUUUGAAAUUUGACCAAACCACCAACCCUUUGAGAAGGCAAUAGCCUCUUCCAAGCCCUUGAUCUUCCCCCAUGAUCCGCAUAACCCAUCAUUGUCAGCCAUCCGAUGCAUUUGACUUCUCCACUUGACAAUUUACUUUGAUUUCUAGUCGGUAGAACUGGUCCAAUCCAACGGUUACCAAUGCCUCAUCAUGACAUAUGAUUUAUACAUUCUUUAUGACUACAAUAUAAAGCUUAAUGCCAACUACUACAUAUGGUAAAGAUUUUGUGACAGCAAGACUUAACCAAAAUGGACGCUAUCCCUUUUUUGUUCUCCAUCUUCCUCCUCUCAACCAUGGGAGCCAACUCCCAAGCCUGCGAGAAAUCCAGCUGCCACCGCAGUGAGCCCGAGAUCCGAUUCCCCUUCCGGCUAGAGGACCACCAGCCAGAGUCCUGCGGCUACCCAGGAUUCGACCUAUCAUGUGAUGCCACCAUGCAAACCAUCCUUAAGUUGCCAUCAGGAGAGUUCAGUGUUCAGGGCAUAGACUAUGGCACACAAGAAAUAUGGAUCAAUGAUCCAAAGAAUUGCCUCCCUCGACUAAUCCUUUCACUUAAUCUUUCGGGUUCUUCGUUUAGUGGCGUUUAUUAUCAUAAUUACUCCUUCUUUAAGUGCUCAGCAGACAAUCGGUUAGACUCAAUUGCUUGCUUGAGUGAUGAUAAUUAUACUGUCUUUGCUACUGAUUCUAGUAGAGUGAUCAAUUUCUUGUCACCAGUUUGUGAUUUGAUUAAAUCAGUCAUGGUGCCUGUUGAGCUGCCAUUUUAUGAUCCGGUCUGGACCUCGGACCUCAGCAGUGACCUCCUGCUCAGCUGGGGUGCACCCCGGUGCGGAGAUUGCGAGAUGGAGGGUGGGCGGUGCGGCUUCAGGAGCAACUCCAGCCUGGAAAUUGGAUGCUUUGAUGUUCCUAAACGUGGGCUGCCAAGGACUGCUCGCUAUGCCAUAACCGUGGGCGUUGGGAUACCGGCCCUAAUGUGCUUUGUUGGGCUUCUGUGCUUCCUCUGCGGUAGGGUUAAGGCCUUUGGUGGGAGACGCCGGCCCAUAGCAGAGUUCACGUCUAUGGUCACUCCUCAACCCACUGCUGUCAUGGGCCUCGAUGGGCCCACCAUAGAGUCCUACCCGAAAGUAGUCCUGGGAGAGAGCCGGCGCCUGCCCAAGCCCGACGACAACACUUGCUCAAUAUGCUUGUCGGAGUAUCGGCCCAAGGAAACCCUAAAGAUCAUACCGGAAUGCCAGCAUUGCUUCCAUUCUGAAUGCAUCGAUGAGUGGCUUCACUUGAAUGCAUCUUGCCCAAUCUGCAGGAAUUCACCGGCGAAAUCACCUCCGUCCCAGAGUCAUGAAAAUGGACCAAAUUUCUAGUUUGGGCCUUGCCCGGUCCGUCCUGGCCCAAUCUUGUAAAUUGAAAUUUUGUAAGAUAAUGGUUUAAUGUUUUUAUUUUCUUUCUUUUCCAGGUUUUGGAGGAAAAUGUGUAAUUGUGACAAUGUCAUGUUUGAAUGUCAAGUGAGUUUCAUAAAUGGGAAAUGAUAAGUUUUCCCUUUCUUCCUC